GACUCCAAUUCGAGUGCUACAGUAGCAGCGUUUUCUUCAUGGUUCCAUGCUCGCUUGUGUAAAAUUUUAAGGAGGGGAUGGUUAGACUGCCGACCGACGUGUGCUUGAAGUGAAUAUCGCCUGAGUGACUUUAGAUCCUGUGUAUGUACCAGGAAGUCGAUCCUUUACGUUGUUGAGCUGUGGGUUCUGUGAAAGACGCUGUCUGCAUUCUGUAGGACUGAUUUAUCUGGAAUGGCACUUUGAUCUCGCAUACAAUGGCCACUAAAGAAGAGCUUUACAGCAAAGUUGUGCCCCGAAAGAAUAGGCAGAACCGACCCGGGACCGUUAAACAUGGAUCAACACUCGAGGUCUUCUUAUCAAUGGGAUUCCCUAAAGCCCGGGCACUAAAGGCGUUAGCAUCCACAGGCGGGAAGAGUGUCCAGGCAGCUUGUGAUUGGUUGUUUUCACAUGUGGAUGACCCGUUCCUGGAUGACCCUCUUCCUCGGGAAUAUGUUCUUUACCUGCGUCCCACUGGACCUUUGGCCAACAAGCUUUUUGAGUACUGGCAUCAGUCACGGCAAGUGUGUGGCAAAAACAAGGCGCACAACAUCUUCCCUCACAUCACCCUUUGCCAAUUCUUCAUGUGUGAGGACAGUAAAGUAGAUGGUCUCUGUGAAGCUUUGCAGAACACAGUGUGUCGCUGGAAAGAGACCUUUCCUCUUCCCCUUCCCCUGGAGCUAUACACUUCAUCAAACUUUAUCGGCCUCUUUGUGGAGGAGCAGAGCGCAGAAAUCAUCAAGAAAUUUGCUGCAGAUUUUGCAUCAGAAGCUGCAAGUAAAGCAGAUGUGCAAGUGGAACCCCACAAGAAGCAGCUUCAUGUCACGCUUGCCUAUCAUUUCCAGCCCAAUCACCUGGCCACACUGGAGAAAUUAGCUCGCAUCGUAGACCUGAAGUUGGGCUGUGAUUGGGUAGCUGCUCUUUAUUCCCGUGAUAUUCGAUUUGCUAACCAUGAGACUCUGCGAGUGAUGUACCCAUACACACCCCAGAAUGACGAUGAGUUGGAAUUGGUGCAGGGCGAUUAUAUAUUCAUGUCCCCAAUUGAACAGAGCAGCACGAGUGAGGGCUGGAUAUAUGGCACCUCCCUAGCAACAGGCUGCUCAGGGCUACUUCCAGAGAACUACAUAGCCAAAGCGGAUGAAUCUGAUACAUGGAUCUUCCAUGGCUCUAAUUCAUUUUUAACUGCGACUGCCUCUGCUGGUGCCAGUCUAUGCGACAGGGUUUUUCGAAGGAGAUGCCAGGAGGAGCAGGGACCGGGCGAGGCUCUGUCAUUGCCAACGAAUGUCAUCUGUCAACCAAUGCCAAUGGUGUCCAAAAACUCCCGAUCCUGUCCGCAAAAGCGGGAUCUGUAUGUCUGCCGACAUGGGGAGAGGAUGGAUGUGGUUUUUGGAAAACACUGGCUGACUCAGUGCUUCGAUGCAAAAGGUAAUUACAUACGGUCCAAUUUGAAUAUGCCACCGAUUCUACCUCAGAGAAGUGGUGGAUACCGGGACUAUGAGAAAGAUGCUCCCAUCACUGUGUUCGGCUGUGCACAGGCCAGGCUUGUCGGUGAGGCUUUACUGGAGAGUAAAUCAAGCAUUGAUUACGUAUAUUGCUCACCAUCAUUACGCUGCGUGCAGACAGCAUUCAACAUACUGAAAGGACUUCAGCAGGAAAACAAGAUAAAACUUCGGGUGGAGCCUGGGCUGUUCGAGUGGACUAAAUGGGUCUCUGGAAAUACCUUGCCUGCAUGGAUGUCAACAGAGGAGCUUGCAGCAGCAAACCUGGGAACUGAUACAACCUACAGGCCACAUUUUCCGGUGAGCAAACUGGGUAUUUCAGAAUCCUACGAGACAUACAUUAGCAGGAGUUGCCAGGUGAUGAGGGAUAUCCUGGCUGAAUGUAAAGUCAAAGGUACCAGUGUCCUGAUUGUAGCACAUGCCUCCUCCCUUGAGGCUUGCACUCGGCAGCUCCAGGGUCUUUCUGCACGCAAUUCCAAGGACUUUGUUCAAGUGGUUCGAAAGAUCCCGUAUUUGGGUUUCUGCGCCUGUGAAGAGUUAGAAGAUGCGGGUAUAUGGCAACUGGUAGAUCCUCCAAUCCUACCACUCACACAUGGUCCCAAUCACAGUUUUAGCUGGAGGGACAUCUUAUACCAGGACUGAAAUAAAAGAAGAGAAACCUAUCCACCACUGGAAGAUAGAGCCAUUAAUAGCAUGUGCUUCCACUAACUACUUCAUCUCUUUCUCACAUACUUGUACAGCAGGUUCAUUCCACUGCCACACUCAGUAUAAUGUGUGAUUCAACAACCAUCUGAGGCCCUGUAGUUUUAAUUAAUUAAUUGUCUUCUAUGUCUGUACAAUAUUUUUGUGUUUUGACAGGAAUGUUUUUCAUUCAUCUAAUUAUAUUAUGAAUGAUUUGUAUUAUUUGGUGCCAAAUAUAUUUAGAUAAAAACAUGACAAAGUUCUGAGGUCUAGUUUGAAUGGAACUUUAGUGACUAUUUUAAAAAGUAAACGUAGUUGAGGGAUUUUGUGGUUGCUGUAGGUCUACAAUAUAUUUUUGAAAGAUGUGUAACACGGUUUCACUGAAGCCUGUGGUGUAUAGGAGUCAUAAUUACGGCAUAGGAUUCUAUACAGUUAGCUUCACAAGCAACAAUGGAUGAUUCAAUGCAUUUCAUGGAGCAACGCUGACUGGGAUUCCUGCUUCAUGUAUAUGGAUUCAUGAGAUUUUACUUAUCUCAGAUUCUUGGGACAGUCAAGUGUUUUUUGUUCUCUUCCUUGCUGAUUUAAC